UGCACUCCGCAGUUGAACACUUUCACUGCUGUAUGUGUAAAAUAGGACAUGUCACAUUGAAGCUACAGACAAUAGUUCACAGUUACUGUGAUGUUUAUAUCUUCUCUUUUUGUCAUGGACUUGAUUGUACAUCAUGACAUUCAAUAACUAAAUCAUGAUAGAAGGCCUACUAUUUUCUGCAGAAAUAUAUUUUUUCUCCACAGGUGAUAAACAUGGAGGUGCAUAAUGCGAUGCAAACAGAUGAAUAUGAUUAUUAUGACCCAAAAGACUACACUGAAGGUUAUCCUGAUGAAAGUGGAACAGAAUAUAUCUGUAACCUGAAUCUCAACCGUGAUAUGGAGAUAGUCAUACAGACCUACGUCCAUUCCUUCAUCUGUGCAUUCGGUCUCAUGUGGCAAUGCGUUGGUGAUUGUUACAUAUGCCUUCUACAAGAAAGCCAAGACCAUGACGGACGUGUACCUUCUGAACGUGGCUGUGGCAGAUCUGCUGUUCAUCGUGACCCUGCCACUCAUCAUCUACAAUGAGAAGCAUGACUGGAGCAUGGGCUCAGUGGUCUGCAAGGCAGUGCGUGUGGUCCUAGCUGUGAUGGUGGCCUUCAUCGUGUAUCACCUGCCCUACAAUGUGGCCCUGCUCUACCACACAGUGGCAUUGUUCCAACAGAGGGAGUGUGAGGUGGGGAAGGUCAUCCUCACCACCCUCACCACCACCAGGAGCGUGGCCUACUUCCACUGGUGCCUCAACCCCAUCCUGUACCCCUUCAUUGGGGUCAAGAUCAGGAACCACUUCAGGAAGAUCCUGGAGGACCUGUGAUGCCUGGGCAGGAAGUACAUCUACCCUUUGGUCACUCCAAUGAUGGAUCCAACAAUGAGAAUGGCUCCUUGUUCACCAUGUGAAGAUGGGAGUAGGUAGAGAUUGCCUCAAACUACUAUGGGUGAUGAUAACAUGGUUAGUCAGGGAGUCCAGUAGUGAGUCCUUUUUCUCCCCAAUUUCAUGAUAUCCAAUUGCGAUC